AUGAAUAUCAAUAUGUUGUAUGGUGGGGAUGAAAUUGGUGCGAUGGUGUUCGACUUAGGAUCACAAUCGAUGCGAAUUGGCUUCGCCCAAGACGAUUCUCCAAAAGCAGAAAUACCGUCCAUAGUUGGUGUAUUGAAUGAUGGGACGCCAGAUACGAGUGCGUUGGAACCCGGUGCAAAAUAUGGUAAUCGGAUCAACGGGAACACCAAAUAUUUCAUUGAUGUUACGUCAUUGUGCGUUCCUCGUAAAGACAAAGAAUUAAAGAACUGUAUGAAAGACGGAAUGAUCGACGACUGGGAUCUAUUUGAAAAGAUUAUUGAUUAUUCUUACUCAAAGUGCUUGCACGCAGAGCCACAAUAUCAUCCAAUAUUAUUUAGUGAAUCGCCGUUAAAUACUAAAUCUAAAAGAGAGAAAUUGGUGGAAAUAAUGUUUGAAAAGUACCAAGUGCCGGCUAUUUAUCUUUGUAGAAAUGCUGUAUUAGCUGCAUUUUCUUGUGGCCGUUCCACUAGUAUUGUCGUUGAUAGUGGCGCAGUACAUACGUCUGCCAUUCCUGUGCACGAUGGCUUUAUAAUACCUUCUGCUGUUGUAAAAUGUCCUUUGGGUGGAAAUUUCAUUAGCACGCAAUGCAAAAAGUACUUGGCUGAAAAUAAUAUUGAAGUUACACCACAUUACAUGAUAGCAAAAAAGACACUGAUAAAAGAAAAAGAAAAACCAAUAUGGACAAAAAAAAGGACAUUACCAGAAGUGACAGACUCUUGGUAUAAUUAUAUGUGCCAAUCAGUCGUUCAAGAUUUUAAGCAUUCUGUGUUGCAAGUCUCUGAAACUCCAUAUGAUGAUAAAAUUGUAUCAAAUUUACCAACUUCUCAUUACGAGUUUCCUAACGGCUACAAUCAAGAAUUUGGUAAUGAAAGAUUCAAAAUACCUGAAAUGUUAUUUGAUCCUAGCCCUGAUAUGGGUGGUUCUAUGUUAAGCAUAAGUCAUAUUGUCAUCACUAGCGCAGGAAUGUGUGAUAUGGAUAUAAGACCUACCUUAUAUAAUAACAUCGUCAUCACUGGUGGAAAUUCAUUGAUACAAGGUUUUCCAGAGAGGUUAAAUCGGGAUCUCACAGCACGCGUACACUCCAAUAUGAGAUUGAAAACGAUUUCACCUAAUGGAUCUGCUGAAAGACGAUUUGGUGCUUGGAUUGGCGGUUCAAUAGUAGCAUCAACCGGGACGUUUCAAAAAUUGUGGUUUAGUCAUCAAGAAUAUAACGAUGGAGGCAAAGGUCAAAUUCACAACAAGUGUGUUUAAUAAUAUUAAUAUUGACUGCCUUAGUUUGUACAUAUCAAUAAAAUUACAUCUCAUUCGCAUCUUAUUUUCAAGACUUGCAUAAGGGAUUUGUAAGUGAUUUAUUUUAUACUCAAAA